AUGGCCGGUUCAGGCAGCACGUGGCCAUCGCGCAGCCAUCUGUCCCAAGUCGUCCUGCUGGUCCUCGUGGCCCUCCUCCUCCACUCAGCAUCGUCCGAGCCCUCCCGAGACUUCGUGCCGCCCAGCAGGCAGAAGAGGGAGGUGCCCGUUGACUUCCUGAGCCAGAUGGGCCGGUCUGUGCGGGGGACCCUGGAUGACUGGAUGGGGCCGGAGACCAUGCACCUGGUCUCCGAGACCACGUCCCAGGUGCUGGGGGCCGUCUCCUCCUGCAUCUCCGUGGGCUGCUUCGCUCUGUCGGGCAUCGCCGCCCAGCUGCUGAACGCCUUGGGGCUGGAUGGAGACCACCUCACCCAGGUCCUGCAGCUGAGCCCCGGGCAGGUGCAGACCUUCCUGCUGUGGGGCGCGGGGGCCCUGGUCGCCUACUGGCUGCUGUCCCUGCUCCUCGGCCUGGUCCUGGCCUUGCUGGGCCGCAUCCUGUGGGGCCUGAAGCUCGUCUUCUUCCUGGUCGGCUUCGUGGCCCUGGUUCGCUCGGUGCCCGACCCUUCCACCCGGGCUUUGCUCCUCCUGGGCUUGCUGACCCUCUACGCUCUGCUGAGCCGGCUCACGGGCAGCCGGGCCUCGGGGGUGCAGCUGGAGGCCAAGGUCCGAGCGCUGGAGCGCCAGGUGGAGGAGAUGCGCUGGCGGCAGAGGCGUGCGGCCAAGGGCGCCCGGGGCCUGGACGAGGAGUGA